AGUUGCUAGGUAACGAAAUCAAGUCCAAACUCCUUCACGUCGUUUUGCAGCACUCGGUAUCUGUGGCCUUUUUUGUACAUUUAAAACAAUGGCAGGAAAGGAGAAACUGGAUUUGGUCCAUCAAAACUCAAUUCACGUUGAGACGAUCCGGAAAGAGCAAAGAUACCAGAAACUCCACACGGAGUUCAGCAUCAACCCACACAGGAAAUUACAUGUCCUCCCAGACAGACCCAUGUCCAGGAAACCAACAGAAGUGAUUGCAGAGAACUCGGACUUCAUCGACGCCUUCCAUAAGGCCCACCUAGAACCCACCAAGAAGUAUGCAAUGCCACUGACGGCGAGUCAUGAAAUAGGGUGGAUAUCGGCUCCACUGAUACCAUCAACACGCAAUGACAAGAGAUUCAAUUUUUGUAGGAUCAGCACAGACGUCACCAUACACCAGGAAAAGACCCUGCGUGCAUCAACUUAGACCAAGACAAAAAUAAUGAAAAUCUCCUACAAUAAGCAACCUAUGUUUCAAUUUAUUUGUUUACAUACAGGUACUAGAGGCUGCAUGGUGAAUUUUAAUGUUAGCAAGCAAACAAAACUCAUUUGCAGGGAAAACAUUUGCACAGGUCUAUAUGAAACACCCUUGCCCAUCACAUACUAAUCAUUAUAAUGAACAGUAAAGGGCAAAACGAACAGGCGCUCAAUAUAUAAAAUGUCAUGUCACAUGAAAGAAUCAAUGAGUCAAGAAGCUGAGUUAGAAAAAAAUAAAACAGAACACAACAAACUCUGAAGAGAGCACGCACUCUGUAGGUUAUACAGCAUCAAGGCGGGUGUACACAUUGCUAUCAUUUUUUAACUCUAUGUAGUCCACUCUUGGGUUUACCAUUCGACAGCAAUGUCCUUCAAAUAGCUGCCCUAGCAAUAUGGCAGGAGGUCUCUGUCUCUGUGUGGGUUGAAGGGUCCUCCAUAUCAAUCCAGACAUAUUUAACGAAAGACAUGUAAUACUAAAAGUUUAGAAUUCAAGUUCACGUUCUCCUAAAAGUCUAAUGAUGUAUAUGGAGGGCAGAUUGGGGUGCAGGUGAGGGGGAUUCUGCCUAGAAACAAGGUCCAAGUCCAGCCUAUUGACCCGCCUCAGUCAGUUUUUAAGAGCGAGACUUGAUCUUCUUGCGUACAUUUUUGCCUGGCCGUUUCUGAAAUCAAAUUGAACAACAGGUGAGCAUCUCUACAGAAUGAAGCACAGUUUGUCUAAUUCUUUCUUUUGACAAUUUGUCAGCAUGUAUUAAAUCAGGCAGCAGUGUUUAACGUGUGUGUGACUCACAUUUUGAUUUCCUCCUUUGGCACCUUUCUUUCCCCCCUUGCCGCUCUUUGCAUGAGCGACUUUCGCGCGGAAACUGGAAACAUCGUUGUGGCUCUCCUUGGUGUUCCACUUCUUUCCCUUCUUUUUGCCUCCAAAGCCAAACCUCUGGUCCUUAUAUUUCCUCUUGGCAUUGGGGCUGUAAAAGUAACAGUAAAACAAUUAGCUUUUUGUGAAGAAGGGUUACAAAAUAUAAUAUAAAUUUUCAUGGUUGCAAUAUGGACACCUAGAAUGUUACACCUUACCCCUUCUUGUUUGGAACUUUGUUUUGGCUCUGAGCAGGCUCUUUACCCUUCUUCUGGUCUCCCUCCAAGAAAUCCAGUUUGUCGGUCAUUCCUUGUUAUUAACAAAUAAUUGAAAUAUUUGAAUAAUUAUCAACACUCAGCAGCAGUUCCUCUUAAAUCUAGUACACACUGAAUUAUUUUUAUUUCUUAUUUUUUUGUAUGUGCAGUGUAACUUGUGCGAACAACACAACACUUGUAAAUAAACUCACCUUUCUGGUAUUUCUUCACAGCAGUCAUCAUAGCUUUCUUCUCUUUGUGUCUCUUUUGAAUAACUUCUACUUGGACCUGGCACACAAUCAAGAUGUAUGUUAAUUCUCCACACCAAAAGAGGAAAUGUGCCCUCUAUUAGCCUCUGAUGCAGAAAUGAUGCCAGGCUAGCAGACAACCAGUGUAUAAGUC